CUCCACCCUUCUUCACUCCAUCCACUCUCUACUCUUCUUCUACUCUUCGACCGACGAAAUCUCGUCUUCUUAUUCCGAUCCUAAGCGCCAAGGUGCGACUUUGAUGCGGGGAUGGAGGAACUCGGAGUGAGACGAAUCGGUCGGUGCCUCGCAUUUGUCUUUUCGUCCAAGAUUUCGAUCCCGGAUCGCUUCCCACUCUAAAUGCUUGUUUAGAACCCUAAAGGUUUGAUCUUUGCUCUUUUCCCUUGCUUGCUGGGAUGAGGGUUCCGUGUCUGAAUUUGGAGCAGGAUCGAGAGCGGACGAUGAUUUUCUCGUCGCCGUUCGUGAUCUCGUUCCUUCUGCUUGUCUCGGUGCCGGUGCUCUUCGUUUUGGCCCCGCGGAUCCUGCCGCCGAAGACGCUUCCGAGCAUUCCCGAUCGCGACGAGAUGGACGACCUCGCGCUCUUCCGCCGCACCACCCUCGCCUCCUCCGGCGCCGGCGGGAGCGGUGGGAUCCGCCGACGCACCGCGGCGCCGCCCAAGAUUGCGUUUAUGUUCCUCACCAACUCCGACCUCUCGUUCGCGCCCCUUUGGGAGCGGUUCUUCCGCGGCCACGAGCGGCUGUUCAAUGUGUAUGUCCACGCCGAUCCCUCCUCCCGCCUCCGGCUCGUACCGACGCCCUCCUUCAGCGGGCGAUUCAUCCCGGCUAAGGCCACGCAGCGAGCGUCCCCGACGCUCAUCUCCGCGGCGCGCCGCCUCCUUGCCGCUGCGCUUCUUGACGACCCGGCUAACGCUUUCUUCGCCCUCCUCUCCCAACAUUGCGUCCCCCUCCACUCCUUCCGCUUCACCUACGACGCCGUCCUUGCGGACUCCGGUGCUCCGCCGGCCGCCCAUGGCGAUGCGGUCCUCCGCCACCGAUACCGAAGCUUCAUCGAGAUCCUUGCUGGCGAACCCGGGCUGUGGGAUCGCUACAUCGCUCGUGGCGACAAUGCGAUGCUUCCUGAAGUGUCGUUCGACCAGUUCCGGGUUGGAUCUCAGUUUUUCAUCCUUGCAAGGCGGCACGCCACGAUGGUGGUCCGAGACCGCCGCCUCUGGAAGAAGUUCAAGAUGCCAUGCCUCAAAUCCAGAGAGGAUUCUUGCUACCCCGAGGAGCAUUACUUUCCAACGCUCCUUGAGAUGCAGGACCCCGAGGGGUGCUCUCACUAUACCCUUACCAGAGUGAACUGGACUGAUAGCGUCGGUGGCCAUCCACACGCCUACCGCCCACUGGAGAUCUCCAGUGAUCUAAUCAAGGAGUUGAGGAGGUCUAAUUCGACGUAUUCGUACCUCUUUGCACGGAAAUUCUCGCCAGACUGUCUUGACCCCCUGGUUGAGCUCGCGGACAGCGUUAUCUUUCGGGAUUGAGCGCUCUACAGCUGUCUGUGGUCUAUUGCUAAGGGAUUGGUGCUGAGGCAAAUGUAUGAGAGAUUGAUGAGAGUAAAUGGCUAAAGCUGAUCCAUCUUUUUCCUCUUCAUUUGUGAACACCCAUCUUCAUCACCUGGCAGUGAUGCUUCUGGUUAGACUGAAGGAUGAAGAUGGCUUAUGUGAGACAUCCACAUUAGUGAUUAGCAUCAUUAUCCAAUGCAUCGGAUAGAAUGCCAUCCCUUUGUAGUAUCUGUAACUGUCAAUAGUAUCUGUAACUGUCAAUAAUAAUUGUAAAUUUUUAGCAUCGGUUUUGAUAUCAAAACUGGGUUAAUCCUCCCUUCUAAGAUCAUGUUCUCAGUCUCAGGAUUAUGCAAAGUUGAUGAUUGAGGCUUUUUUCUUGUAGGAGACAAUCGUUAGAAUACCUUACAUCUGUUCUUCCUUUCA